UUGAAGUAAAAUUUCUGUUGCAAAAGAGCGAAGGGAAAAACCUCAAAUUUUGACUAAGUUUCUCUUCACCAUCCGUUGCCGGAAACAACAUGGUACGGUUACAGCCUGAUCCCUUCCUCAAUGAACUCACCAAUAUGUUUGAGCGGACUACAGAAAAGGGCUCUGUGUGGGUUACUUUGAAGCACUCUUCUGACAAGUCCAAGGUUAAGAGGAAUAAGAUGAAGACCGCCGGGGAAAAGAUUGAUUUUAAGUGCCUCAUUCGAGCUACAGAUGGAAAGAAAACUAUUUCAACAAUGGUCGGUCCAAAAGAUCACCAACGAUUCCAGUCCAGUUAUGCAACUAUCUUGAAAGCCCGGAUGACUGCCUUGAAAAAGAGGGAGAGGAAGGACAAGCGAAAGGUGGCAGAUUCCGAUAAAAAGCAGGACAAGAAGAAGCAACCCACCAAACCCUCUAACUAAACCGAAGCUUUCGCAACAGCUUGCACCGUGAUUUCAACAUCCACAAAACAGCAGUCGCGAUGAAGGAAGCCUCCGGCAUCCAUACAUAUCAUCAAUUUUUAUAAAUUCAGGAAAUCCCUGUUCCACGCCAGAAGCUGUUAAACCAAUGAUUAACUGCAACGAAAACGUAGAGUAGUUAUCAGCAACACACUAGCUGGUACUGUAUUUAACAUGGCACUAUAUAUAUGCACAUAAUGAUGUAUUGUUGCAUUCUACUACUUUGAAGGUUUUGGAUGCUCAAAAUAGGGGUUGUAAAACAAAUAGUGAAAAAACGUAACAUGUUUUAGAGCGUUGAAAA